GUCAGGACGCAUGAAUUCCAUUUACUAUCAGCAGAACCUGAUUGCAGGAACAACAUAGUAUAAAUUGUUAUGCUACCUGCUUAAAGGCGCAGAGGGCUGAGUGAACAGCUUUCUCAACUCAUAGGACAGGUAAAAGUAACUGUUUCUGUAAGGCUAUUCUUGAAUAAUAAAUGUGGGAUUAAAAGUAUUGUGGCAGGAGAUUAGACAUAUGCGGGGUCUUGGCGUAGGCUAAUAUAUUAUUAUUAGUGAAAGUAAAGCGGACAAUCUAGAGAUCGGAUUAGAUCAACUCUUUGGAUCAAGAUAGCAUGCAGGUUAUUAAAGAUGGGAAGCCAACAACAACAUCUGAGUAUUUGAUCUUAAUAUGGGAAUAGGAUGUGUAGCCCGGACAGCUGCGCAAGAGGAACAUUAUGCCUUAGGUUAAAAGAAGAACGAAAAUGAUCCAGCCUGGAGUCACGUUCAAACAACCGAAAGUUUUCUGUGUUUCGAAAGCAAGCGUGUGUGUUAUGUAUCACCUGUUUUUUUAAUAAUCCUAUGGAACUAACGGUUUUCGUCUGGAUCCUUCACCAUGUCAAAAGUAAUUCAGAAGAAACACCACUGGAUCACCAAAGUUACCGAGUGCGCUGUGAGUCGGGCUGCUCGCGGGGAGCUGAAUGUGGAGCUGCGCGGCGGUGCGGAGAAUGGAGAGUUUCCAUACAUCGGGGAAGUUAGAGAGGAUGUUUUGGUUCAUAAAAACGGACAACUGUCUGAGGGGGAGUUACUGCUGGAAGUUGAGGGUUUGCCGGUGUCUGGAUUGCCACUCUAUGACGUCUUGAUUGUGAUGAAUCGUUGCAAGGGUCCCGUCAGGUUGAAAACUGUCCGACAAGGUAACAAGCUGAACAAGGACUUGAAGCACUACCUGAGCCUGAGGUUUCAGAAGUCCUCCCCCGACCAUGAGCUCCAACAGACCAUCAGAGCUAACCUCUACCACCAUGCUGUGCCUUGUACGACACGCCCCCCUCGAGACGGGGAGGUCUCCGGGGUUGAUUACAACUUCCUGUCCGUGGAGGACUUCCUGAACCUUGAGCAGAGUGGAACACUACUGGAAAUAGGAACGUAUGAAGGUAACUAUUAUGGGACGCCUAAGCCGCCGAGGCAGCCCGUGGUUGGGACAGUGAUUCUCAGUGAUGCUGUGCUCCUCGACGGCUCCCAGCAGUCCACUCCCAAGCGCACCAAGUCCUACAAUGACAUGCAAAACGCCCAAGUAGUACCUGCUGACUACGAGGAUGACGACCAGGCCACAGAAAUGAACAACAGUUUUACAGGAUCCUUAGUUCGUAGUCUCUUCCCCUCUCCCUUGUUGUGCACAGGUAACCCUAGCGACCAGGACGAGAGCUGCGGCGGUGUUCUACUGCCGUACCCCGCGCGUGAGAACGCUCCGUCCUAUGGUCUGAACAACGUGGCCGCCUCCACCUCGGACAGCGGGCAGCAGACACACGCCCAGCCCCAGGCCUCCCCAGAAGAUCCACUAGGACCCCUGCCAGGCAACUGGGAGAUGGCCUACACCGAGAACGGAGAAGUCUACUUCAUAGACCACAACACAAAGACCACAUCGUGGAUCGACCCUCGCUGUCUGGAGAAACCUCUAAAACCUCUGGAAGAGUGUGAGGAUGAUGAGCUGCCUGCUGGAUGGGAGAAGAUAGAUGACCCAGUGUAUGGGGUUUACUACGUAGAUCACAUCAACAGGAAGACCCAGUAUGAGAACCCCAUAGUGGAGGCUAAACGCAGGAUGCAGCUGGAGCAGCAGCAGCCGCAGCCUCCUGAAGGUGAGCGGUACAUUCGAGAGUGGAUAGAGGAACACUCCUCAGCUGGUGCUCCCCUGGCCGUCUAUGCCAGUAACCACCUGGAGACAUACCGUGACCCCCAGGUCCCGCCCCCAAUGCCCCCUCCCCCGGGAGGGACCAAACGAGGGAAGCCGUUCUUCACACGGAACCCAGCAGAACUGAACGGAACCUUCAUCAACACCAAACUGAAGAAGAGCCGCCGUGGGUUCGGCUUUACCGUCGUCGGGGGUGACGAGCCGGAUGAAUUUCUCCAGAUCAAGAGUCUUGUCCUGGACGGUCCUGCUGCUGUGGAUGGGAAGAUGGAGACAGGUGAUGUCAUAGUGAGUGUGAAUGACAUCAUCGUGCUUGGUUACACUCACGCCCAGGUGGUGAAGAUCUUCCAGUCCAUCCCGAUCGGCUCCAUGGUGGACCUGGCCCUGUGCCGCGGCUACCCCCUGCCCUUUGACCCCGAUGACCCCAACACCAGCCUGGUGACCUCCGUGGCCAUCCUGGACAAGGAGCCCAUCAUCGUCAACGGCCAACAGAGCUACGACUCCCCGUCCAGCCACGGCAGCCAGACCGGAGGCCCCGUUAACGGGAUGAGGGAGCCGCGGGCCCUCAGCCCCUCGGCGGAGGUGGCGUCCAACGGCUCACACGGCUACUCCUCCAGCGACGUGGUCACCCUGGCGUCCUCCAUCGCCGGGCAGCCCGAGCUGAUCACGGUGCACAUGGAGAAGGGCGAUAAGGGCUUUGGGUUCACAAUUGCUGAUAGCUUGACGGGUGGGGGUCAGAGGGUGAAGCAGAUUGUGGACUACCCCCGCUGCAGGGGCCUGAAGGAGUCAGACAUUCUGAUGGAGGUGAACAAGAGGAACGUCCAGAACAUGACUCACAACCAGGUGGUGGACCUGCUCAGCAAGUGUCCCAGAGGCAGCGAGGUCAGCAUGCUGGUGCAGAGAGGAGUGGUGCCGGCCAAGAGGAGCCCCAAGCUGGUGCAGCAGCUGGAGAGGAAGGACAGUCAGAGCAGCUCCCAGCACAGUGUGUGCAGCCAUCGCAGCACCCACACAGACUCUCCCAGCCACCCCUCCUCCAACAUGCCCAGUGAGGCCGUAGGCCCCCCUCUGGCCGCCCCCACCCAGCUGCUGUCUGGCCUGCCUCCCCUGCCCACCCAGGACCCUGGAGAUGGUACCAUGACCCUCCAGAAGAAGCCAGACCCCUUCAAGAUCUGGGCCCAGUCCAGGAGCAUGUAUGAGAGCAGACAGCCAGAUUGCCAGGAGCAAGAGAUCUUCCUGUGGCGGAAGGAUACAGGUUUUGGGUUCCGCAUCCUGGGAGGAAAUGAGGCUGGAGAGCCGAUCUACAUUGGGCACAUAGUGAAGUAUGGAGCAGCAGAUGAGGACGGGCGUCUGCGUUCGGGGGACGAGCUCAUCUGUGUGGACGGCACGGCGGUGGUGGGCAAGUCUCACCAGCUGGUGGUGCAGCUGAUGCAGCAGGCCGCCAAGCAGGGCCACGUCAACCUCACUGUCCGACGCAAGAGCUCAGGAUACGGAGUGGGUAAAGGGGAGGGUGACGUGCCCCCGUCCCCGGCCUCGUCACACCACAGCAGCACCCAGGCCCCCUCCCUGACGGAAGGCAAGCGGACCCCCCAGGGCAGCCAGAACUCCCUCAACACAGUCAGCUCCGGCAGUGGCUCCACCAGUGGGAUCGGCAGUGGGGGAGGAGGGGGCUCCGGCAGUGCUGUGGUCCCCGCAGCCCUGCAGCCAUAUGACAUGGAGAUCCAACGCGGAGAGAACGAGGGCUUCGGAUUCGUCAUUGUGUCGUCGGUCUCCAGGCCUGAUGCUGGGACUACUUUGGCUGGAAAUGCAUGUGUGGCCAUGCCCCACAAAAUAGGGCGCAUCAUCGAGGGGAGCCCUGCGGACCGCUGUGGGAAACUGAAGGUUGGCGACCGCAUCCUGUCCGUCAACGGCUGCUCCAUCACCAACAAGUCCCACUCGGACAUCGUCAACCUGAUCAAGGAGGCAGGGAACACCGUCUCUCUGAGGAUCAUUCCGGGUGACGAGUCCUCCAAUGCGUCUCUGUUGACCAAUGCUGAGAAGAUUGCCACCAUCACCACCACGCACACACCCCAAACUGCCACAGAGCCUCGGAAUAACUCAAAGUUGAAACAGGCUCCUCCUCCACCUCCUCCAACACAAGCAUUGACCUCACAGGAUGCAGAGUUCUAUUCUGUGGAUCUGGAGCGGGACAGUAAAGGCUUUGGGUUUAGCCUGAGAGGAGGACGGGAGUACAACAUGGACCUUUAUGUGUUGAGGCUCGCUGAGGAUGGGGCGGCUGUCAGGAAUGGCAAGAUGAGGGUGGGAGAUGAGAUCCUGGAGAUCAACAGCGAGAGCACGAAGAACAUGAAGCACGCACGCGCCAUCGAGCUGAUCAAGAAUGGUGGCCGGAGGGCAUGCCUGGUCCUCAAGAGGGGCGAUGGAUCUGUUCCUGAAUAUGACGCCAGCCAUGACGGGCACUCUCCCACACCCGGGGCACAAGACUCUCCGCAAGUGAGAACCCUGCCACCAAACAGCCGAUAUCACACCUCAUCGGAGUCCAGUUAUCCACCAGACCUUCACAAACCAUCACGCCAUGAGGAUGCUGGACAGGGCCGAGACAGGGACAGGAUGGAGCACUCGGGCCGGCACUUUAACCACCACCACCAUCACACCUGGAACAACAACCACACCACCUCCAGACAACACUCCCCGGACAACAGCACCAGCGGCGGGAACAACAAGAAGAGUCUUGGCCGCAAAUUCAAGAAGUCUGACUCGGAGAGCGGCAUCUCGAAACUCUUAAAGACUCUGCGCAAGGACAGCUCUGGGAAGAAGGCUGCAGCGGCGGAGAAAGAACGAGAGCGCUCCGCUAGUAGCAGUACUCUGGACCAGAGAUCUGGUCGACCGCGCCGCGGCUCCCUCGACCGCUCGCCCACCCGUAAACGCAACACUUCCCCUGACCGACGGCGGGCCAAGUCCAUGGACCGCAGGGCAGAGCGAGCACACCGUGACUGCACACCUGAGAGGGAGUAUGACGACGGAGGGUUUCUCAGUCAUGCAGCCACUCCGGAACGACCACUCUAUGACCGUAGGCUCCUGAGGGAACCACAGACCCCAGGCAGAGCCUACAUGAAGGCCACCACCCCAGAACGCCCCAACAAUGGGGCCUCCUCCCUGUCUCUCUCCAGGGGCCGUACGCCCGACAGAGGCAGCCUGAAGAACGGCAACCUCCUGAGGGACUCGUCGGCCGAGACGAGGGAUGAGAGCUACGGGAUAAACGGAACACCAGAGAGACGCUACAGAUCAGAGAGAGACUCAUCUCCAAACAGCAGCUCCAGCAGGGAGGAGCUGAACUACGCUGCAGCGCCUGCUUCCAGACAGAAGGAUUACUACAGCACACUGAAGAACAACUCCUCCGCUCACCACAACGCCGGCUACAACAAUGCAGGACUUAGCAACAAGGCAGGACAACACCACAACAACGCAGUAGGCCGUGCCCCGAACCAGUUCCCAGAGCCUAAGAGAAGGUUUUACAAAGAGAGCCCCAAGGACCUCAGCAUCUGAGUGGACAGAGCCUGGCUUAUCAGCCCUUGAUCUGUAGAGACCACAGUAAAUACACUGGACUUAGACUUCUGAGGAGAUUGACUCAUGUGAUUUAUCUGAUUGCUUGAUUAAUUUGACUACUUGUGAUCCCAGACAGAGAUUCAUACCACAGCAGGAGUACAAUCUUUGUUUUAGUUCUUACUGUACGUUUCUGUUCUCGUUAUUUUGAGCAUAACUGAGGUUGUUAAUACUCUAGUGAAGGUAUGUGUAUGUGCCUAUCAAAUUACAAAUGGUGAUUUAGCUUUUUUAUAGGCGUCUCUGACUCCACGUGUUCCCUCGGAGGUUUCGAACAUGCUCCUUACUGUGCUACCAGGUACUUCAUGAUGAGCUUGUUUUAAUAUGUUUUUAGAUGUUGUUUUCCACCCCAGAAUUGCUUUAUAAAGCAAACUAUAGCACAAGACGUUGGCAGUACAGACAUUUUAUGGACGACUGCAGUGAAAACCUUAGAGAAUAUCAUACAAAACGAAGGCAAACAAACAUUUUAGAACCAAUGGUCAUUUUAGAAUGAAGUAAUAUAUUUCAAAUAAUACUUUUUACAUUUGACUGCUAUUUAUUUUCAAUUGGCACACACAAUGAGGAAGCUCUGUAAAAGGACCAAGUUAUACGCCCGAUAACCUGAAAAUAAUAAUAAUUUUUACCCCUGCUGGAUUUGCUGUAGAAUUAUAAUUUUUUUAAUCUAAGUUGGUAUGGCAUGCCCCUUUCUUACCAAGCCCACAAACCCUCAAAAAUCAGAGGGGAAAGCAGACCACCUAUUGAGAAAAACACCAGAUAUUGUUGAUAUUCCUCUCACAGAGCAGACAAGUCUAAAAACCCACCAGGAUCUGAGGCUGUUUUGGGUUCCUGUUGUUCAGUGUGUCUAGUAAUGAUGAGCCAAGGAGGAAAACAAAACAAAAUUCUCUCAGUAAGAGGUGUCUGAGUACACUGCCUGUGGUGGAAAUACAAUUGAGUUUUGUAUUCCUGCUCAGAGGACAGUAGAAGCAACAAGUUACCUGACAGGAGCCUGUAACAUAAAACCUACUUCACAGUUAUACGCAGCAUGGAGAGGUUGACCGAGAGGUCAAGUGGUUUUAAAGUAACCACAGUCCUAUAAUGACUUGAUCCUACAAAUGUAGGCUGCUUAUUUGAUCCCCCUGUUUCAGGAGAACUUUCCCUUGUGAAAAAUAUAGCAGAUAUUGAUCAACGGCCCAUUGAUCCUAUGCAGGUGAUAUGGAAGUAUUUCUCAAGUUCCUCUCUUCCUCUCCCUGCCCAAGGAAAUUAGGUGAUGAUGUAAUAAUGUAAGGGACGUUGUUGCGAUGAUAACGGAUGGAAAGUUCCAGUACAGAAGUGGGCCUAUCUGCCAUGCUGAGCCAUGCUGUCACACCACUGGAGUCUGACUGCUGCUUUAACCGUGUGUAUUCUCUGUUUUAUGUUUCACUAAACGGCUAAAAAGAUAUAGGAAAAUCCACAACAAAUGCAUUGUUUUAUCACUGUUGUUGCCAUGGUACUGUAAAAAAUAAAUACAAACAAAAAAAA